UCCGCCGAGUGUGGGCUCCGCGGUCGCCGGUUUCGCUUCCCAGCUCUGCCCUCUCUUGCUGGCCGGUCUCCGGGGUCAGCGCGGGGCCACCAUCCAGCCGCUCGGGGCCUUCCCCAAGCAGCUGUGGAGGAUGCACUGAGCCUGCGCAGCCAUGGCCUCGGCAUGGCGGAGAGGCGGCCGGGGGUCCAGGAGGCUACGGUCGUGGGGCAGGGACAGCUCGCGGAGGAACCCGGCAGCGCUCAGACCUCCGAGUGUCCAGUGGCGGGAGAACAUUUCCUGGUGCCAGCCCAUGAGGCCCGCAGAACCCAGGGUGAAGACCAGCGCCCAGCAGGCGCAGCUUCGGAGCUGGAGCUCCAGGAGGAAGGACCCAAGCUGGGGGAGGAGAGACCCAAGCCGGAAGCCGGGGCGCUAGAGGAGAGAGGCCCCAGGCCCGUGGUCUCCAUUGUGAGGCCCCGUCAUGGUCCAAAGAGAAAGCCUGUCAAGUCCCUCAGCCUCCCGGGCCUUCGUGCCCAUCCCAAGGCUGAAGCUGAGCUGCCACCCAGGCUGCCGCUGCAGGAGGAGGAGCCAGAGGGCAGCCAGAGUGAGCCCUCACCAUCUGCCAGACAGCACAAAAAAGCCAAGAAGCGCAAGAGCCUGGGGGCUCCCGUGCUCCACGCUGUGGCCAGCACAGUGUCUGCACCCUUAGAGACAUUGGGGCUGGAGCGAAAGGCCCAGCGCCUGCGGCCCCUGUACCAGUACAUCAACUAUUGCAACCCCGAGCUGAACCAGGCAGGGGAGGGGGACGGGGAGGCUGAGAUGGAGGCAGAGGCAGAGCUGGCCCUGGUUCCCGAGGAGGCAGGUGUGGAGCAACUGCAGGCCCUGCUGCCCUUGGCAGGUGAGCUGGGCCCAGGCCUCGUUUUGCCCUGUCCCAGUCCAUUAGUGACCCCUAUCCAUGCUCUGGCUUCCCUCGGAGAGGAGGCUGGAGAGGAGGCUGGGGGCUUGCCCAGCUUGGGGGUGAGUGACCACCACAAGGCUGAGGUGGAUAAGUCAACCCAGGUGGACAUCGACAAGAUGCUGAGUGUCUGCACUGCUCCGCUUGUCCCCCCGCUCUCUCCUCAGUACAAGUGACUGUCCCGCCCCACUGGUGGCUCCCCUCCUUCCAUGCCUGAAUUUGGCUUCAGGCUUCCUGUGGGCCUAGGCCCUCUGGUGGAGGGGGGCAAAUUUGGCACCUGCCCCCACUUGGGACUUUGGGCUUGCUGAAAAUAAAUAUUUUUCUUUUUCAAAGAC